AUGUCACCUAAUCGUUAUUAUACUCAAUACCUAUCCGCAAUUCAAGAAUUAUUUUUUAUUCUUGAAUUUAUUUAUAUAACAUUUUUAAAAAACUAUGAAAAUCUAUCAGUGGAUAAUAAAUUUUAUCAAUUAAAAAUUUUACCACCUGAAAUCAAUAAUAAUAAUAAUAAUAAUCUAUUAUCAAAAAAAUUCUUUGAACAUUUACAACCAUUUUAUCAUUCUGUUUCAUGUGAAAAUUUAUAUGAAAAUGAUUAUGAUGAAUUUAAACAUGCACUUGCACUUUUAUCUGAUUUAAAAGAUCUACCAUUAAUAUCUGAUCAAAAAUAUAAUAUAACUAAAGAACAAUGUUCAAUAUAUCGUUCUGAACGUUUUAAUGAAAAAUUUCAUCAUGAAGAUAAAAAUAUUAAUCGACAAUUUCCAUUAGCAUUUAGUAUACUUAUGUAUGAAAAUGUUGAACAAUUUGAACGUUUAUUACGUCUUAUAUAUCGUCCACAAAAUUUUUAUUGUAUACAUGUUGAUAAUGAUGCAUCAAUGAAUGUUUUAAAUGCUGUUAAAUCUAUUGUUCAAUGUUUUGAUAAUAUUAUUUUAGCAAGUAAACAAGAAAAAGUUUUAUAUGCAACAUUUUCACGUUUACAAGCUGAUCUUAAUUGUAUGAAUGAUUUAAUUAAAUAUCCAUCAUGGAAAUAUUUAUUAAAUGUUGCUAAUACAGAAUUACCAUUAAAAACAAAUAGUGAAUUAGUUAAAAUUUUAUCUAUUUAUCGUGGAUAUAAUGAUAUUGAAGGACGAUGGAAAUCAAAAAAUAAAGAACGAACAGAAUAUGUUUGGCAAACUUUUGAUAUAUCCAAAGGAGAUAAUAAACAAGUACCACAAUUAAAAAGAACUAAUGAAAAAAAGACAUCACCACCUGGUAAUGUUGAAAUUGUUAAAGGAUCAGCUUAUGGUGCUUUUUCACGAGCAUUCAUCGAGUUUGUACUAACAAGCCCGAUAGCAAAAGAAUUGCUUGAUUGGUCGCGUGAUACAUAUAGUCCAGAUGAACAUUAUUGGGCUACGUUGAAUUAUAAUACGCAUCUACAUUCUCCGGGAGGUUAUAAAGCAAAAAGUGAUCCAACUAAUUGGACAGCUCGAUUUGUAAAUUGGGGCGAACAAAAUUGUUAUGGACGUAUAAUACGUGGUAUUUGUGUAUUUGGUAUGUUUGAUUUACCAAUUCUAUUAAAUCGACAUGAAUUAUUUGCUAAUAAAUUUCAUUUAAAUGCUGAUCCAAUUGCAUAUCAAUGUUUAGAAGAACUUAUAAUGAAUAAAUCUAAAGUUGAUUUACCAUUGAAUGAUGCAAUAUUUUAUCGUCAAAUGCCUUUUCUGUUACCUACUUAA